AUGGAGUUUGUGGAUGCAAUCGCCGAGCUCAAGGCCCUUCCGGAGGGCACCCACCUCCUCUGCCCCCGACAGACUGAAGAUGACUACGGACGUUACGAUAACCUCGAUGGAGUGGACGAGUCAGGACGGUCUAUCCGAGAAAUCGUUACUGAAAGCACUGCUCAGAAACAGAAGUUUCUUUCAUGCAUGCGAAUCCUCGCAUACAACAGUGAAGGCGUGGAAGAACUCCAGAGCUGGGUUCUGAGCAAACUCGAUGAGACACUGGAAAAAUGUGAUCUUUGUAUCAAGGAGUACUACACUGGCAAAAUCUGGCUCAUGGACCAGUUGAAGGAGGAGAAUUACCAGGAAGAGGACGUCGAGGCGUUUGCUCGGACAAUCGACGAGUGGGACAUCAGGAGGAUCACACGCAAUUUGGCCACAGCGACAACACAGCUCAGAGCGACUCCAGUACAAAAUAUAUCUUUAAAUGUCCUGGAUCGAGCUGCGUUACUCUCAAUAUUUGAGACUUUGAGCUGCGACGCCAUGCUGUGCAAAGAAAACCUCCUACAAGAGCACUUUGAUGAGCCAUUUAAGCUGAUCCAAAGUAAGCGAAGUCUAAAGGUUUCGGACUACGUGCCUGCGGUCACUCAGUUUCUAUUUGAUACCAACCCACAACGCAGUUUCUGGGCUAUUCAGGCCUGGACAAGAUACUCGCGGUCUCCAACCACCCUGGAAUUUGACUGGGCGAUGCGAGACGGUAUUCUCAGGGCGUUGCGAACAGCAUCGCAACAACCACCCCAAUUUGCGUCCAUCCAACGGUUAUGGCGAGGCAUGCAACUUAUCGUCAAAAUGUUAGAUCAGGGACAAAUCACACAUCAGCUUCGAGGGUUGGAAAUUGACCCUUGUCGCCUGUCUGUGGAACAUCUUGCUCUACCUAUCAUAGGUCUCCGAUUUCUUCUUAACACUAUUCAGACUUUUCUCGAAAAAGCACCAGCCGACUUCUGGGACGCCAUGCAAACCAUAUCUCCCCAGGCUAUCAUGGAGCUGGCAUUUUUCAACACACAGCUAAAUAAUUUCCUAUUGGAGACCACCGAGGGCGAAGCUUAUGAGAGGUCUGCUUUAAAAGACAUGCUUUCCUGGGUCACUCCGUUCCUCAACUCUUUAAAAGGCGCCCAUCAACCGUCUGCUUGUCGAUUUCUGGAGCUGCAGCUGCUUGGUCGACUUCAGGAUCCGCAAUUUCCCAAUCUCACUCGUUACCACUGUUUCCACCUUGGCUUGACCUGUCUUCUUCAGACGCUUCGCCGCUUCACAGAUAAUGAGGCUUCUCGGGGCUCAGUUGCACGAAUCGUGCUCGCAGAGACAAUGGGUGUAGUCAGUGAUAACAUUACCACAAUUCUCAAUCCUCCCACAUUCAAUGUCGAGGAAAGCCGCCAACAGGAGCUCGUCACGCUGUGCAUGGAUGUUGUGCGCAACACAUUAGCACUGGAGUGUCAGUCCUUGAAGACUGAUUAUGAGGUCAUUCUGAAGCAUAACACACUCUCACACGGAGUAUCUACUUACUCAGCCCCUAUCUGGGAUGCUGUCAUUAAAAAUCUCCAUCGUGACAAUUUGCCACUGUCAAGUUCGGCGCUGUUGGGAAUUCUACCUCUGGUGGGACUGGAGAAGUUCCCUACUAAAGGAGAAGGAAACCAAGAGAAGACACACUUCAACAUGAUCUAUGGGCAUCUCACCCAUCUCUCAUGCAAGAUCAUUGAACGUCUGUCUGAAUUCCCACACGAACAUUUGGAAAAGCUAUUCCAAAGCCAGGACACAAGCAGCGCUUUGAUCUCGGCUUUGUUUGCUGCUGAUCUGGAUACCUAUCAGGCCGCCGUUGACGUGAUCAAGAACGUCAGUGGUCAAUCAGCCCGAAGAGAUGCUAUCUCUCACCUGUUGCAAACGGACUUCACACUUACGGUCUACGGCCUCAGCUGGUCAUUCCGCCGAAUCUCUAACAUGAAGACGUUCGCGCCAGCUCCGCGAAUGCUUUACACUGGUACGGAUAUUGUAGAGAUCUUAUGUGAUAGCCAAACUGGUAUGCUGCGCACUCGUAACCUCGCAGAUCGAAGAGAGGUUCUGUCGUUGCAGAAGCUCUGGGAGUAUUUGUGGCUGGCAUUGACCACGAUUUUUGACGAAACCGAGGCAUGGCAUCUACGUGGCAACGACAAGUCUGUCAUGCUUGAAUUCUGUCGUGACACGAUCCAAUUUGCCGACUUCCUCUUCGACCAGUAUGGCGUAUUCCUGGGGGCUGUAGCAAACGCAGAUCCUGGGCAAAAGUCUGUGUCUGAGAACUUUUUGAAGUCGCCCACCACGACCAUGAGUGCCAUGGUCAAAUGGCUCAGGUUGAAGGAUGAAUAUCUGGCAACGACUCUCGUAGGGUUGGUUUCGAAGCUUCUACGGAGACUGGGUGCGAUGGACGUAACUACUGUGAAGCCUGAUGCCUUGAGCUUUAUUGAGGGAGUUGCUGUUGACGGAGCUAUCAAGACAAUUCUCACACAACGUGAAAAGGCUGAAUUGGUACGUUCGCUCGAAGCGUACUACAAAAAGCCUGUCGUUACUGCUUCCACGGCUGCUCUCAAGAAACAAUCCUCCAUCACCUCUUUUGCCAAACCCUCCGAUGUCUUGAGCUCCUCUCGCGUUAACAGCGAUGACGAGUUCGACGAUAAUCUCGCCGACCAAACCCUUCUUGAAUUGUCCUCCUCUGUGGAAAUUAACAAGGCACGACUUGCGGCCCAGGCGAAACGGAACGCUGAAAAGGCGGGCAAUACACUCUUGUCUUCGAUGUCUUUCAAGGCACGCCGUGAUAAUGCUCCCAAACCUGUUGUGCCUUCACGUCCUAAAGAUGACGCCACCCAAGUUCUAUCUUUCCGUGAGAAGCGGGAGCGCGAGAAGGAGGCGAAAAAGAAACGAGAUAUGGCCGAGCUUGCCAAGCUCAAGAAGAGCAUGCCUGCACAAGGCGUUGCUCAACUCACCGCUGAGCAAGGAUCGGGCUUGAGAGGUAUUGGUAUCAAGGGCAAGGACCAUACCGCCCCGGCAGAUAGUAUGAUGGUUUCCUCUGGCUCGGAAUCGGAUUCUGAAAGUGAGGAUGAACUAGAUACGGAGCUCUUCGGUGCCAAACCAAAAAAACCGGACGCUGUCGCCGCCUAUGAACUUAGCAAAAAGCAAGCCAUGCAGCAACAGCCAGUCAAAAAGACCAAGCGCCAUCGAUCUAUCAAAGAUAUGCGAGCGCGCUUGGCGCCUGAUUUGGGAUCCCUUCACCACUCCAUUCUAUCCUGGGACUUUUUCGCUACGGGCGACCUUCCUACGACCUCGGACCAAAAGGAUUACACCCUUGUCUCGAACUCAUUCCGGUCCCCAGGCGACUAUCAAGGUACUUUUGAGCCGCUCUUGAUCCUUGAGGCCUGGCAAGGAUUCCAGCAAUCCAAGGAAGAAGGAAACUUCAGGAACUUCCAAGUAAAGGUCAUGUCUCGUUUAGCUGUGGACUCCUGGAUUGAAUUCAGCACUCAGCCACUCGGUCUUCCGCCGAAGGAUUUCAGCAUCGGAGAAGGUGAUCUUGUUUUAUUUUCAAACGCAUCUGAGCCCACAAAGGAUUCUAGUGCGCCUCAUGUUCUCGCACGUGUCUGUGGUGUCAAUCGAAAGAAUGGAAAGCUGGAGGUCACCUAUCGAGUCAAUCCUGGGAACAACAAGUUCCUCGCCAACUUCGGACCCGGUACUGAAGCUUGGGCGGCCAAGAUAACAUCUAUGACUCCCGUGGAGCGUGAAUACGGUGCCCUCAUGGCCUUGCAGUAUUACGAUUUAUGCGAAGAGAUCGUUCUGGCCAAACCCUCUCCUAUUCUUAAUUAUGCGGACACAAGGCUUCAGCCUAUUAUGGACAACUACACCAUUAAUCGUGCUCAGGCCAAAGCUAUUAAGUCCGCUGUCGACAACGAUGCGUUCACUCUCAUCCAGGGUCCCCCAGGUUCCGGAAAGACCAAAACUAUCAUCGCACUUGUUGGCAGUCUUCUCACCAAUGUUCUUGGGAAACAAGCUGUGAGCAUCGGUGGACCAGCAGCCAGAAACACGCUCUCCAAAAAGCUUCUGCUUUGUGCGCCUAGUAACGCUGCCGUGGACGAGUUGGUCAUGCGAUUGAAGGAAGGUGUGAAGACAUCCGAUGGACGAACCGAGAAGGUCAAUGUUCUUCGUCUAGGAAGGAGUGAAGCAAUCAACGCUAAGGUCCUGGAUGUCACUCUCGAUGAGGUGGUCAAUGCCCGUCUGAACCAGGAUCCGAGUAAAGGAAAUGGCGUGGACAUGCAGAAGCUGUAUGAAGAGCACAAACAAACCGAUACCACGUUCAAGGAGCUUCGUUCACGUCUGGAUGAAGCCAGAGCAAAGGGAUUACCUCCACCAGACGAACUCGAGCGCGAGUUCGAGCUGAUGAAGAAGAAGCGAUCCCAGCUCAGCACGUCUAUUGACAAGGCUCGAGAUCAGAACCAUACGUUGGCUCGCAAUGCUGAUAUGCAUAAACGGCGCAUCCAGGAAGAGAUUAUCAAUGGCUCUCAUGUCAUUUGCACCACUCUAAGUGGAUCUGGCCAUGAAAUCUUCCAAGGCAUGAACGUCGAGUUCGAGACAGUCAUUAUUGAUGAAGCCGCUCAGUGUAUCGAGCUUAGUGCUCUGAUUCCUCUGAAGUACGGUUGUUCGAAAUGUGUGCUUGUUGGUGAUCCUAAGCAAUUGCCUCCCACUGUACUGUCAAAGAUGGCGUCCAAGUUCCAGUACGAGCAGAGUUUGUUUGUUCGUAUGCAGCAAAACCACCCCAGGGACGUUCACUUGCUUGAUAUUCAGUAUCGUAUGCAUCCGGAAAUCAGUGCUUUCCCCAGUGAUACGUUUUAUGACGGUAAGUUGCAGGAUGGACCGGACAUGGCUAAGCUUCGCCGUCGCCCUUGGCAUCAGAGUGAACUGCUCAGUCCCUACCGAUUCUUUGAUGUUCAAGGUAUGCAGUCAAGUGUACCAAAGGGCCGCUCUUUAGUCAAUUUGGCAGAGUUACAAGUUGCGAUGCAACUCUACGAGCGUUUGAUAACAGAUGUCAAACAAUACAACUUUUCCGGCAAGGUUGGCAUCAUCACUCCUUAUAAGGGUCAACUCAGAGAGAUGAAGAAUCAAUUCGUUCAUCGAUAUGGAGAAGAAAUUUUGAAAAAGGUCGACUUCAACACCACCGAUGCUUUCCAGGGUAGGGAAAGUGAGGUUAUCAUCUUCUCUUGUGUACGAGCAUCCAACAAAGGUAUCGGUUUCUUGGCUGAUGUCCGACGUAUGAACGUCGGUCUUACGCGUGCUAAAUCAUCGCUCUGGGUUCUGGGUAACUCGCAGGCUUUGAUCCAGGGUCAAUUCUGGAGUCGCCUCGUCCGCAAUGCGCGAGAGCGAAAUAUCUACACGGAGGGUAACAUCAUGAAGAUGUUGGAGAGGCCACAGUUUACCGGCUACAAAGAGGCCGAAAUGAUCGAUAUCGGCGUUGAACCAACUCCCCAUGUACCUCCAUCCGAGACUACUCGUCCCGAUACUCCUGACAAAGCCUCAUCCCUGGCCUCCAUAUCCCGCCCUUCGUCCGCCUCCAUCGGUCUUGAUUCCCGAUCCGUUUCUGUUUCUGUUUCUGGCCGCGGUACACCCCCAGCGUCAAGGCCUGACGGGCCUUCUGGGGGAGCUGCGGGUUUGGAUACAACUAAGAUGUGUGGGCUGUGUGGAAGCGCAGAUCAUUUCACCUCGAAUUGCAGUAACAACGAGGCAAAAGAGCAUGCCAGAGGAACCUGCUAUCGAUGUAAACAAGGCGGUCACACCAAAGUCUUCUGCACAGCCGAACUUUGCCUUGAAUGCGGCCAGAUUGGGCACUCGGCCGGUAGCUGCAAGUCCAUGACACGUCUCUCGAAGUUCGAUCGCGAUCGUCUUUCCAGAGAUGAGUAUAAGCUCCAGCAACAAAAGAAAGAAAGGGGCGAUCGCCGACGAGAAAAUCAGCUAGGAGGGCACAACCCGAAAGUCCCAGUCGUCCAGGCCACUACUGCGAACCCUCCUACCAACCCUGUUGAGGGUGCAAAGCGAAAGCGCAUGGAUUCUGUCUCCGAUGGACCCAACGCACAACGUCCUCGAACUGGACAAUCAAAUGCGCCCUCUCAUGCUCCCACCGGUCCACGGAAUACCGGCCAUCCAGGUCUCUCUAGAACAGUUCAAGCUCCCAAGAGUCGACCCACUGGUCAUCCAGGUCUCUCUGCGCCUAUUAAUGCACCAAAGGGACCCAAAGGAGGUCCACCGGGGACUGCUUCUUUGGUUCCCAAUGCUCCCAAGGGACCGCGAGCCGAUGGACCGCCGCCCGGCCUCAUCAAGCCGUCUCGCGAUGGCCCGGCCUACCCGACUGCGAAUCCCCCACCCCGAGCCCCGCCAACAGGACCCAGGGCAGAGGGCUCCAAUCCAGGUCCAAGGCCUCGUCCCCCCAUGCGGAAAAAGAAGGAAACGGACCCAUUCAUUCGCCCCAAACGCAAGUGA